UUCCAACUUCCGCUCCCACAAUCCAUCGCUUCUUCCGCCUUUCUCCACCGCAAAAAUGGCGACCAGAAAGUCUGCGAAAGAAAGCGUGAUCGAUUAUGUCCAGAUCGACGGACUCGUUGUGCUUAAGCUAGUUAAGCAUUGUGUCGAUGAAGGUUCUGGUGGAGCUGAUUUUGUGCAGGGUGUCUUGCUGGGGUUGGUUGUUGAUAACCGACUGGAAAUAACCAACUGUUUUCCCUAUCCACGACAUCAAGAAGAAGAAGAACUUGAUGAGUUUCGUUACCAGAUUGAGAUCUUCCGUAACCUGCGCCAUGUCAAUAUUGACCAUCUCCAUGUUGGUUGGUACCAGAGUACAUAUUUUAAUUCCUUCAUCAAUCGUACUCUUGUCGACUCCCAGUAUAACUACCAACACUCCAUUGAAGAGUCAGUUGUGCUUAUUUAUGAUCCCCUGAAAACCUCUCAAGGGUUUUUAUCCCUGAAAGCGUACCGUCUCACUGAUGCCAUGAUGGAGUUUUACAGGGAAGGUGAAUUCACCCCUGAAUCAGUGAACAGGCUGAAGCUAAACUUUGAAAACAUGUUUACUGAGAUUCCCCUCGUUAUCAAGAAUUCUCAUCUUGUUAAUGUGCUUUUGUAUGAACUUGAACAGAAGAAAAACAAUGGAGAAAACUACCAAUUUCUAGAUUUGGCUACAAGCUCCAUGUUAGAGAAGAAUUUGCGUCAGUUGAUUGAAUGUGUUGAUGAUGUGGCAGCUGACACCAACAAAUAUUUGACGUUCCAGAAACACUUCCAAAGGCAGCAACAAGCCAAGCAACAGUAUCUUCACAAAAGGCAACAAGAAAUGAAUGCUCGUGCAGCAAAAGGUGAACCCCCAUUGCCCGAAGAGGACAUUAACAAGCUAUUUAAACCAAUUCAACCACCGGUACGUUUGGAAACUAUGUUAAUAGCUGGACAGAUCGACUAUUACUGUACACAAAUAAUGGACUUCACUUCACAUAGUUUUGGGAAAUUAUUCAUGGCUGACAGUUUGCAAAGGGUCAACAAUAAUCUCAACUAAUGUCGUAGUGCUUCUUAGUUGACCCUCUUGAAUGUUUCAAAUAAAAAGAGCUCAGCAAUGUAAUAAA